AUGAAGAAGAAAGUUCCCAAGGAGAGUUGCAUAAUGAAGUUAGAGGAAGCAGUGAAGUACAUGCUUGACGAUGAAGGUAUGGGGCCAUUGGACACACUUCAAUUAAUUGAUGACAUUCAACGUCUAGGCUUGGGAUACCGUUUCAGAGACAGUACAAAAUCUGCACUCGACAGAAUCAUAUGCUCAGAAAAAGUGAUGGACCAUAGUAUUCAUACUUGUGCUCUCUACUUUACCCUCCUGAGACAACAUGGACACGAGGUUUCUGCAGACAUUUUCGAGAAUUUCAAGGACCACAAUGGCAACUUCAAGGGAAGCCUGGCCCAGGAUAUUCCAGGAAUGUUGACGUUGUAUGAAGCUUCACAUGUUGCAUACAAUGGAGAGAAUAUAUUAGAUGAGGCAAGAGAAUUCACAACUAUGAACCUCAAAGAAAUGCUGGGAAAAAUUGACAUGAAAAUGGGUGCACGAGUGAGCCAUGCCUUGGAAAUUCCAUUUCAGUGCAGAAUGCAGAGGCUAGAAGCCAGGUGGAAUAUUGAAGCAUAUACUAAAAAAGAUGAGGCAAAUCAACUGCUACUUAAAUUAGCAAAAUUGGAUUUCAACAUGGUCCAAUCCAUGCUCCAAAGAGAUCUCCAACAAGUCUCAUGUUGGUGGAAGGAUGUGGGCUUAGCAAAUAAGUUGUACUUUGCAAGAGACAGGCUGAUGGAGAGCUUCUUUUGGUCAGUUGGAAUGGUAUUUGAACCACAAUUUAGUGAAUGCAGAAAAGGUUUAACCAAAGUGGCUAAGCUAAUUACUAUUAUAGAUGAUGUUUAUGAUGUUUAUGGCUCUCUUGAAGAACUUGAACAAUUUACUGAUGCCGUUGAGAGAUGGGAUAUCAAUGCUUUGCAGCAUCUUCCUGGCUGCAUGAAGAUAUGCUUUUUAGCUCUUUACAAUACUGUUAAUAGCAUAGCAUAUGAUGUUCUUAAGGAUCAAGGUCAGGUCAUCCUUCCUCAGCUCACAAAAGUGUGGGCAGAUUUAUGCAAACUGUUCUUAAAGGAAGCACAAUGGAGUCAUAGCAAACAUAUACCUACUUUUGACGAGUAUCUCAGUAUGGGAUGGUUAUCAUCAUCUGGACCACUUCUACUCGUUCAUGCCUACUUUCUAAUGGAAAAAAAUAUUACAAACGAAGCUAUAGAAUGCUUGAACUGCUACCCCGCUCUUUUACGCUACCCAUCCACAAUUUUUCGUCUUUCCAAUGAUUUAAGUUCCUCGAAGGCCGAGAUUGAGAGAGGGGAAACUACAAAUGCAAUUUCAUGUUACAUACAUGAAAAUGGUGUUUCUGAGGAAGUUGCUCGUGAAUACAUUAGGAGUAUGAUUGAUGAAAAUUGGAAGAUGAUGAAUAAAGAAUUGGUUUCGAACUCCAUUUUCAGCAAGUCCUUUAUUGAAAUAGCCAUAAACCUUGCUCGAAUAGCGCAAUGUCACUACCAGUAUGGCAACGCUCAUAGUGAUCCAAAUGACAUAACGAGAAACCGAGUUUUGUCGAUUAAAAUUCUCGGCGCCACGCCACUCAGUGCAGCAGUGUUGCCGCCGGCUCCUCAACGCCCAGAGGCUGGCCUUUCUGUUCUUCUUCGCGCUGCCGGCGUCUUGGUGCCACGUCCUAGUAUUAAAAUUCUUGCCGCUGCGGCGCUACCCCCUCGGCGUCACAGUGUUGCCAUCGGCUCCUUGGCGCCCGAAGGCUGGCGCCUUCUGUUCUUCUUUGUGCUGCCGACGCCGUGGUGCCAUGUCCCAGUGCCUUCGUUUCUGUCUCAAUGCAUCCAAAACACUUCUUUAUGUUGA